AUGAAUCCCGCCAACUUCAAUGCGGGCGGCGGCGUGCCGGCUGGCAUGGUUAAACCAGGCCAGGUGCCGCCGCCGAAGCCUGAGAGCUCGCAGGUGAUCAUGAAUCAUGUCGCCCAGGCGCUGCACAACCAGGGAACGUGGACGGGUUGGAAGGCCGAAGUCCCGAUCAAGGUCCGCGCGAUGAACGUGUACCAGAUGAUUACCUCCCUCCGCCUGAUCCAACCCCGUAUCGACCUCCAGUCAGCGGCGCAGGCUGCACUGAGCUUCGAGCACAAGGCGUUCCAGAAAGCCGCUGAGAAGGUGGACUACGAUCACGAAUGCACCGAAAAGCUCCUUCAUAUCAAAGACACUCGACAACGACAAGCCGCGGUCGCGUACCAAAGUGGGAUGAUGCCCCAAGGGGGAAAUGUGCCCAACCAGAACCAGGGCAAUUUCCAACAGCAGCAGAUGAACCAGACCCUCCAAGCGUCUCCUAUACCGGGCCAACAGAAUUUGAUGAUGGGCAUGAACAACAUGAGCCAGCAGGCCGCGAUGCAACAGCGGCAGCAACAACAGACCGCGAUGAUGCAGCAGCAACAGCGGGCGCAGCAGCGCCCAAAUGGCGGCGUUCCACUCCCCGAUGAUCUCAACACGCUCUCGGCCCAAGAAUUCGAGCACGUCUCUCGCAUGGCAAAUCAGAUGCUGGCCAAGACCUCCCCGGAGGACAUGGAGAAGAUCAAGUUAAACCUCUCCAACAUGACUCCGGAGCAGCGGCAGUAUCUCGCUCGAAAGCAAAUGGACCCAAUGACCUAUUUCUUCCGCUCCCAAGCCCUGAAUCAACUGAGGAGACAUCGCCGCCAACGGAUGGAAAUGGGCCGAGAUCCUAAUAAUCCUAAUAACCCUGCAAUGAUGGCUAACGAUCCGAUGAUGAACCCUCAGCAGCGCCAAAUGUUCCAGAACAUGAUGAACCUUCAGCGCAACUCGGCGUUCCCGGGAAACCAGGGUCAAAGUCAAGGGCAGGGUGUCGACUCGUUCAUUGGCAAUGUGGAGAAUAUACAGGGACAGCAGGCGGAUGGUUUGCGCUCACAGGAAGCUGGUCAGCUCGUGGUGCCCGCUAGUUCGACUCAGAUCAGUCAGGCACCCUUCCCGAACAAUCAAAACAUGUUUCCGCAACAGCAGCAGCAGCAGCAACAGCAGCAACAACAGCAGCAACAACAGCAACAACAGCAGCAACAACAGCAGCAACAGCAGCAACAGCAACAACAACAACAGCAACAACAGCAGCAGCAGCAGCAGCAGCAGCAAAACAUGAACAAUCCCCAGUUCCUUGCCCAGCAGCACCUGCAGGGUGGCGCCAAUGUUCCCCAGGAUCGAGCACAGUAUCAGGCUCAGGCCCAGGCUCAGGCACGCGCCCAAGCUCAGAAAAUGGCCAUGUCGGGGCAGAAUGCUCCCCAGGCACAGUCACAGCUCCCACAGCAAAGCCCUGUCAUGCCGAUGCUGAAUCAACCUAUGGCUCCGGGCCAGAUCUCUCCAAGCGGUCAGAUGCCCUCUCAAGCUCGACCUCCUUCUCGACCUCAACAACCGGGCAUGCAGAAUCGGCCGCAAAUCCCCCCCGGUCUUCCGCCGCAGGUUCAGGAACAACUUUCUCAGAUGUCAAAUGAGCAACUGAAUAAUUUCUUGAUGAACCAGCGACGUGUCGCGAUGGCGAACAAUAUGGCUCGAGCGAAUGCCGCUCAGCAGAACAUGGGUCAACAGCCAGGCCAGGGCCAACCGAUGAUGAACGGCCAGAUGGGUAACAAUCCCAGAAUGCAGGGAUCCAUGAAUAUGCCGCAGGGAAUGAACCCGGCCCAGGGCCAGCAACUGUCGGCACAACAGAGACAGCAGCAGCAACGCCAGAGUGAGUUCUACAAGCUCCAGCUGCUACGUCAACACAACAAUGGUGCGGAGAUGAGCCCCGAACAGGCAAAGGAUAUGGAUCGCACGUAUUUUCCGCCAUCCAUUUUGAACAACACUCAAGCACCAGUUCCGAAACACAUCAAGACUUGGGGACAAUUGAAGCAAUGGGUCGCUUCGAACCCACAGGCGGCCAACGGCGUGGAUCUGCCCAAGCUGAUGAUGUUUCAGAAACUUCACCUCGCCCAGAUUGUCAAUGCUCGGACGAAAGACCCUAAUGCUCAGGUACCAGCGAAUGGUUUCCAGGGCCAACCUGGCCAGAUGCCGAACGCUACGGGGUUCCCACCUGGUCAGCCACAACCGCCCGUUAAUGUACCUCCGAUGCGGCCAAUUACCGCUCAAGAAAUUCAGAUGGCUCGCCAGAAAUUGGGACCGCAAGCCGCCAGUUUUACCGAUGCGCAGAUCCGUGAAUUACUGCACCGGAAUCGCCAAAAGCAUCUUAUGCAGGCGGCGCAGGCCCGAGCUGCUCAACUUGAUGGGAGUAUGCCGCAGACUCAAGCUGUUCCGCAGCCCCCGAUCUCCGCACCGCAAGCCACGCCGCAAACCAAACCACCGAAUGUUCCGCCGCAGCCUCAACCGGCUCCUAGUGGCCCGCAAGUAUCAAAUGCGAAGGGCCAGGCGGCAACGACUAAGAAGGCAGCCGCGAAAACAAACGCGAAAAAGAGGGCUCAUGCAGAUGAUACUGCCGACACAACCCCUCAACAGCCUCAGCCUGCGGCCGCCCCGCUUGCACAGCCGACUGGACCUCCCAAACCGAACAUGCCUUUGACGCGUGAACAGCUUGCGGCUAUGACCCCCCAGCAGCGGGCACAGGUUGAGGCCCAUUUACGGAAACAGCAGAGUCAGGCACGCGGUCCAAUUCCCAGCAGGGCGGCUGCGGAAGACGCUUGGAACAACAACUUGCCUCCGAAGGUUAUGGAGGUCUACAACGAAAUCUCGAAGAACGCACCGGCUACGCAGCCUAUCGCUGUUUCUCCAGAACAGAAAGCUGCCAUGGGCCAGCAGCUGCGUGAUUCCUUGGACGUGCUGGGUAGAUUGGAUACUUUGGUGCAAUGGUUUGCAAAGAUGCCGGGCCAGGAGAAGAACGUCCGGAAUCUGCUUGCCAUGCGCAUCCAACUCAUGCGACAAUUUAAACCCUCUCAGGACUGGGUGGUUAAUGAUCAGUUUACCGUCACUCCGGAUUAUGUGUCUGGUGCGGUCCUUUUCAUUCGAAAACUGUUCCAUGCGAUGAUUGCCCGCGUCAGCCAGCAGCAGAAAAACGCCUCCCAGGCUCCUGCCACCACUGCGCAAAAUGCGCAAGCAAACAUGCCUGCGUUAAACGCAAGUAACUUGCAGCAACUGCAGCAACAGGAAGAAGCUCUCCAGCGUGCUCGACGUGCCUCAAGCCAGUCGGGCGCUGUUGCGCCUGCGCCUUUUGGAGCCCCAUCUCCCCAGGGAGUUCCUCAUGCCUACGGACCGGGCGGACUCUCCCAGGAAAAGCUCAAGCUGCCCCCGCCCAAGAAGAGAAAGCAAUCGCAGGGCGGUCCCAGUGCCUCACCUAUUCAAAAUGUCAGCGCGCCGCCGGCCGCCGGCGCGAAAUACCAAAAGGCAGUUGCGGAGGCCAAGUCCACGGCCGCAGCCCUCGCGGGUGCUUUCAAGUGCAGUGUGCCGGAGUGUCAACACCACUUCCAGGGCUUCGCCACUCAGGCUGCUCUGGACAAGCAUAUUGAGGAUAUCCACUUGCCCGAGGUGGAGAAUAUUGACGACCCUCUUCAGUUUGCUCUCGACAGCUUCGCAAUUGGCCUCGAGACCAAGACAGACAUAGGCCAGCCGGGGACCACCGUUGGCCCUGCCGUAGCCACCAGCAAGGCUAUGGCUUCUCCGGCGAAGCAGGGGAUCGCUACUCCCGUGACUGUCAGCACUACACCACUUGCCCGCGUCGCGAGCCAAAUGGGCGUAAAGCCCUCUCCUGCCGUCUCUGCCCAGCAGCUCACUCCGCGCCAGCCGCCUGGCAAGACUCUUGGUCCUUCCCCUGCGAAACCGUCGCCUAGCAAAGAUGAGAAGAAAGAGCCCGAGGCCGAAGCCAAAGAUCUGUGGGCGGAUUCUGCCAUUUCCCUGGAAACGCUCCACGAUACUUUCUCCAAUUUCCAGAGUACGACGCUACCUAGCCUGGGCUACGAUCCGUUUGAGGAGUUCCUGAAUGCAGAGAUGUUCUCGAAGGACCAGGAAGAAGAUACCCCAGACUCUUGGGAUAUCAACCUGGCGACUCUGACUCCUCCGGAAGGCGGCGAACCCAAGGAGCCGCUGAUUCUAAGUGGUUUCGAUGGGACAUGGGACGACGCUGCUAUCGAGGCGACCGCGGCGUGGAUGGAUAUCCCGGAAGAGAUCCAGAAUAAUGACGAUGAUGGGAUCAAAGGUGUGCGGAUUGAUUGGGAUCUUCUGGAACGGCAGAAGAAGGAGAUGAUGAAUCUUGACAACAGCGGUAUCACCAUCCCCGCCAUAUAA